CUAUUGACCAUAAGAAUACCCAUGUCUUUGAACAAACAGUGGCUCGCACAGCGCAAGUCACUGCUUGAGGCUUUUCGAAAGCUUAGCGACGCAAGGUCAUCAACCCAGUGGCAAAUUAUAUCUUCCCAUAUUGAAGACCAGUUGAAGGAAGAAGAUAACGAAAAGACUCUUCUCAUCUACAAGGAAGUUGUACGCUUGUGCCAAAGUCCACAAAACUCCUUCAUAGGGCUCAAGUUAUUGGACCAAUGGCUACCGUGCUCUAGGCUGUUGCGAGAAUGGAUAUUGGAACCACUGGAGCCUUGUUUGAUACAACUUGUAGAAUCAGGUUCAACAAAAGUCUGCCAGUUUCUUUCACUUUGGGAUGAAUACUAUGGAGUUCAAUUCCCAAGUUUGCAUACAUAUGUCCGUCGUUUUGUGAAGAAAAAGGGAGGAACAAUGACAAGUGAGCCUAGUUGCCCAAGUCCAGCUACUUAUGUUCCUUGUGGUUGGAAAGAGGAUGCCUUGUCGGUUAUGAAACAGUUGCGAGAGUGUUUGGCUUUGAUAGUUCCUAGGAUGGAAGAUUAUGCGGUAGAAACAGCUACUCAAGGUCACCAGACUUGGACAACUUUGCAAGAGCCAAAAGAUGAUAUCACUAUUCAGUUGGUGACUGACAUUUCACUACUUGAAACUGAGGAGAACAGAAUUGUGUUUGAUUCUUGUCGUGAGUUUUUGGGACAGUUGGAGAAGAUAUACAGUCGUGCCAAACAAGUGGAUAAACUUAGGGAUGAUUGGAUGUGUCAAAUAGAAUCACUUUUACAGCAUUGUUAUCAACUUGGUCUAAGAAGCCAAAAUAAUCGUUCGUUAUAUUAUUCUUAUGAUAAGACAAGUGAAGAUGAGGAUACCAACGACAUAGUGUGGGAGACAGUGGAUGCGGAAGAAGUUGAGGAUCAGGUCAAACUAUGGGAACCUGACAGUUGUUGUGCUCCUCAUGAUGAUGACAAAGGGAAACAACAAACGGAUAAGCAAGAGUCGAUGGUUUGUAAUGAAGACAUACUGCAACAAUUAGAAUCAACUAUGCCCUAUCCAAAACGCAAAGAAAGGAAGCAACUUCAUUCACAGUCAUCUUGUUCCCAUGAAACUUCUUUACGGGAGAAACCCAAUCGAAUUCGUACGAAGAAGGAGACAAGUAAACAUCGCAUUGCCAAGCAACUGAAACGAUCAGCUUCAAAAGUAUCCAAGACUUGGAAUCAACUGCAAGAACGAGAAGACUUGGAAAGGUAUCAUCAAACUUUUGCAAAUAGUGUAACUGUAGGAAGAAUAGAUUGAAUAUUUAAUAUAACACAUUGCAAAAAU